AAUAAAUUUAGCAGUAUGGAGGUGAAAACUGCCAAAAAACGUAAGGAGAAAAAGAAAGUAAACGAGGUCACAGAUAGUUCAGAAGAAUGUUAUUUAGAAAAUACUUCAACAAAUAUAGAAAGGAAAGCGGGAGAUGGAGCACCAGCCGACAAUGAAGCAGAAUCAACUAAAAGUACUGAACAAAUUAUGGAAGUUGAUCAACCUGUUAGAGGAUGGUACUUAAUUGUACAAAUUGAUAUUGUAUUCUUAGCUCUCUUAAUGCUGGCCUUAAGUACCCGAUUGCACAGAUUGGAUGAGCCCCGUUACAUUGUGUUUGAUGAACUACACUAUGGAAGAUAUGUCUCCCUAUAUACAAAAGGUGUAUUCUUCUUUGACGCACACCCUCCACUAGGCAAGCAAUUGCUCUACCUUGCAGGCAACGCUGCAGGGUAUGAUGGCAACUUCACAUUUGACCGGAUAGGCUCACCAUAUACAAAUAAUGUACCUAUACAUGCAUUGAGAUUGGUGCCAGCUGUUGCUGGGAGUCUACUUAUCUCUGUAACUUAUACUCUGAUGAAGGAAAUAGCAAAUUACCAUUGGACUGCUAUUUUGGCUGCUUUACUAGUAUUGUUUGAAAAUUGUUUCCUAGCACAAUCAAGAUUUAUGCUGCUAGAAAGCAUACAGAUUUUGUUUGGCUUGUGUGGAGUGCUGUUUGCUAUAAAGAGUACAAGGAAUAAUGGACUAGCCUCUGUGGUCUGGCUUUGUUUUAGUGCUUUAUGUCUUGGAUGCUGUUUUUCGGUAAAAUACUCCGGACUAUACACCUAUUACUUAGUACUAUUUCUAGUCGGGCGUCAAAUUUGGCGGCGCAUCGGCCAGGCCGGAUCCGGAUUGCAACUAUGUCUGUCUAUACUUUGGAGACUUGCAAUUCUCAUUAUAAUCCCGCUAAGUGUUUAUGUGGGAGUGUUCUAUGCACAUUUAGCCAUGCUUCCGAAAGCCGGCCCGCAUGAUAGCGUAAUGACAAGUGCGUUCCAAGCGUCAUUGAAAGGAGGCCUCGCAAGCAUCACUAGAGGACAGCCGUUACAUGUUGCACAUGGCUCACAAAUCACAUUAAGACAUACCCAUGGACGUACAUGCUGGUUACACUCCCACGCACACGUGUACCCCGUGCGGUACGCAGACGGCCGCGGAUCCUCCCACCAACAGCAGGUCACCUGCUACAGCUUCAAGGAUGUCAACAACUGGUGGAUUGUUAAACGACCCGAUCAGGCAUCGCUUGCCGUAGCACGCCCACCGGAUGCGAUCCGGCACGGCGAUGUAGUUCAGCUUCUACAUGGCAUUACGAGUCGCGCACUUAAUUCGCAUGACGUAGCUGCUGCUGUUUCUCCGCAAUCACAGGAAGUGUCUUGUUAUAUUGACUACAAUGUGUCAAUGCCAGCUCAAAAUCUUUGGCGAAUAGAAAUUAUAAAUAGAGACUCCGACGAUGCAACUUGGGACAGCAUACGAUCACUCGUGCGCCUUAUACACGUGGACUCAGGUUCUGCCUUGCGGUACAGCGGACGGCAAUUGCCAGCUUGGGGCUUCCACCAACACGAAGUAGUCGCUGACAAAGUCGUUACACAUCAGGAUACUAUUUGGAAUGUUGAAGAACAUCGAUACACGAAAGCUGAAGACAGACGAGAACGUGAACGAGAAUUGGUAUCCGCUGAAAUGAUCCCGACAGCUGUGACUCAACUUUCAUUCUGGGAAAAGUUUGCAGAACUACAGUACAAGAUGAUAGCACACGCGCCCGACGCACCGCAAGGCCACAUGUUCGCCAGCGAGCCGGCGGAAUGGCCGUUACUCGUCCGAUCUAUCGCUUACUGGCUCUCUCCAAAUUCUAAUGCUCAAAUCCAUCUUAUUGGAAACCUUGUGACGUGGUAUACGGGAACACUUGCCGUCGUAGUAUACAGCUCGUUACUCGCUAUCUACGCCAUUCGCCAACGCCGCGCCUGUAUUGACUUACCCCCUCGCGCAUCGCAGAAAUUCUAUGACGCUGGCUGCAUUUUAUUCCUAGGUUACUGGCUUCACUAUCUACCUUACUUCUUUAUAGACCGCACUUUGUUCCUUCACCACUAUUUACCUGCUUACAUAUUCAAAAUAUUAUUGUUAGCCUAUGUCAUUGAUCAUAUUUAUCAUAUACUGCAUUUGCGUGAAAAAACGCAAUCUUUUAUCAACCUGUUCAUUAUGGGCCUGGUUGUAUGGCUAGUAUAUGUAAUAAUCACUUUUAAAAAAUUCAGUGUUCUCAACUAUGGGAAUUUUGAUUUGUCUGAAAAUGAUCUUAUGAAUCUCAGAUGGAAAGACACUUGGGACUUCAUUCUACAUAAGAGAGGAUAACAUAUAAGGGUACAUUUCAUUCGCUAUUUAUAAUAUUUAUAUCUUAGAUGCCAUUAAAAACUCUUGUCACAACCGUAUCCAGAUGAUUUAUUCUAAUAUUUUAAAUGUAGAGAAACAAAUAUGAAUAAUAAAUACUCUUUUAAUUAGGUUUAUCAAUGAUUAGUGUUUUAUUACAAUGUAUUAAUAAUGUAGAUACAGAUGACAAAUAUUCCGUCCAAAUAUUUUUGUAUAGGUAUUUUU